UUCAGAAUACUUCCUGUUUUUGACAUCUUUUUCUUCGGUUCCGUACUUCUGCUCUUCAGAAUCAUGGGUAUACUAGCUCGUUUGAAGAGUUAUCGGAGCUGAUGGAGGGAAAUCAGGGAUUUUAGCAGAGAAGGAUGAAUUGGGUAUCGGGUUGGACUCUUCUUUUCUGCUUAUUAUCGCCGUUUCUUCAGCUGCCAUUAGUCUCCGGCAACGCCGAAGGAGACACAUUGAAUGCUUUGAAAAUCAAUUUGGAUGAUCCCAACAAUGUUCUGCAGAGCUGUGAUUCAACCCUUGUUAAUCCCUGCACUUGGUUUCACGUUACAUGCAGUCCAGACAACAGUGUUACUAGAGUUGAUUAUGCGAAUUUGACGGGGCAACUGGUUCCACACCUUGAUCUGCUUUCAAAUUUGCAGUACUUGGAACUUUACAGCAAAAAUAUAAGUGGAAUAACUCCUAAUGAACUCGGGAACUUAACAAACUUGGUCAGCUUGGAUCUUUACAUGAACCACUUGAGUGGUUCCAUCCCCGAUUCCUUGGGCAAGCUUCAGAAACUGUGUUUCCUGAGGCUCAACAACAACACAUUGAAUGGACAUAAGUAUAAAAUCCCAGCGAAUGGUUCCUUCUCACUUUUCACUCCUAUCAGUUUUCAAAAUAAUCCAGAAUUGCGAGCUCCUCUGGUUUCCCCGCCUCCUCCAUUUUCUCCAACACCCUCUUCUUCUUCAGGAGGGAACAGUGCCACCUGGGCCAUAACGGGAGGAGUUGCUGCAGGUGCUGCUCUUCUGUUUGCAGGUCCUGCAAUUUUGCUUGCUUGGUGGCGGCGAAGGAAACCUGAAGUCUACUUUGAUGUUCCCUCUGAAGAAGACUCCGAAGUUCAUUUUGGACAGCUUAAGAAAUUCUCCUUGCGCGAACUGGAAAUUGCGACAGACAAUUUCAGCAAUAGCAACAUCCUUGGAAGAGGUGGAUUUGGUAAGGUUUACAAAGGGCGUUUGGCUGAUGGCUCUUUAGUUGCAGUUAAGAGACGAAAAGAGGAACGCACUCAAGGCGGGGAGAUGCAAUUCCAGAUCGAGGUUGAACUGAUCAGUAUGUUAGUGCAUAGAAACCUUCUCCGUUUACUUGGCUUUUGCAUGACACCAACAGAGCGGUUGCUUGUUUACCCGUACAUGGCAAAUGGAAGCCUUGCAUCACACUUAAGAGGAAGUUGUGUUCAUGUCGGUGUAGAGCGAAGAGACUCAGAUACACCACUCGAUUGGGCAAAGAGGAAGCGCAUUUCUCUUGGAGCUGCAAGAGGGUUGGCGUAUUUGCAUGACCAUUGCGACCCGAAGAUUAUUCAUCGUGAUGCGAAAGCUGCGAAUAUCUUGCUGGACGAGGAGUAUGAAGCCGUGGUGGGCAACUUUGGGCUCGCGAAGUACAUGGAUUACAAUGAUAUUCAUGUAACCACCGCUGUUCGCGGUACAAUCGGGCACAUAGCUCCUGAAUAUCUCUCAACAGGUAAAUUGUCAGAUAAAACAGAUGUGUUUGGGUAUGGAGUUAUGCUUCUGGAGAUCAUAUCCGGGCAGAUGGCCUUUGAUCUUGCCCGCCUUGCCAACGAUGAUGAUGCUAUGCUGCUCGACUGGGUGAAAGAGCUGCUAAAGGACAAGAAAUAUGAGACAUUAGUGGACACAGAUCUUCAAGGAGGCUUUGUUGAAGAGGAAGUGGAGCAGCUAAUCCAGGUAGCUCUUCUCUGCACACAAAACUCGCCAUUGGAGCGCCCCAAGAUGUCUGAAGUUGUACGGAUGCUAGAAGGCGACGGCCUGGCUGAGAAAUGGGAGGAGUGGCAGAAGAAAGAAACUUUCCGGGCAGAUCUCAUCGACAAUUCCACUUCAAAUAUCCGGCCAGAUGAGCUGUUUGGCUCGAGAUGAUGAACCUCCAUUCCUUCUUCCAUCACCAAACAUGAAUUCUGUACAUUUUCAAUCUAGUUGGGUUCAUAAUGUUAUGCUAUGUGUUUUGUGUUGUGAUUUUUUAUGUUUUGUAUUAUAAAAUUUUGUACCUUGUUGUUUCAAUUCAUGGUCUAUAAUGUCAUGUGGACUAUGAUCUUUGUCAAUAUUCUUUUGGUCAAACGUGUCAUUAAUCAAAUAUUUAAAAACUUAAUAGCACGUGGAGGACCAUUUUAUGAUUUA